GUAUGCAACAAAUACCAGCGCGCCCAGCCACUCAGGGCCACUACCGCUCUCCGCGUCUUGGUGGUAGCGGUCCCCCGGGCCCAGCUGUUUUCUAUCUCUUUGUCUUGUGUCUUUAUUUCUUACAAUCUCUCGUCUCCGCACAGGGGAAGAACACCCUCAAAGCCCCGUAAGGCUGGACCCUACAUCAACCGCCCUGCUUGCGGUUGGCGAUGCUGGAGGUGGGCCUUGGACCAGAGAAAAUGCUUUCAUUAGGUGACAAGCGGGCAGAGGCCUUUGUUUCUGGCGCCCGCAGCCACGGCCCCCGCUGACGGCAUGGGAAACAGAUCCUGUUCCACUCCGGUCUCCAGCUUUGGAAUCGUUGCCUCGGUGCAAUGCAGGAGGAUGCGGCCGGGGGCGGACGAUCGCUCCACUCGCCCGGACCAGGUGCGGGGGCCCUGCCCAGCCACUGGGGCGUGGCCAGGCUCGACGCACCCAGGUGCCGGGGGCCGACUCUAAGCCCUGGCACCAGAAGAGAGAGGGCGGCGGAUUGGACCUCCCGGCUCGAGCAUUGCAACUGGGAGCUCCGUCUCCGGGUCCACGCAAUGAUGCCGCGGCUGCUCGCAAGCCAGCCAUCUGCCCAGCCCGGGAAGGCGGACGCUGAGAAACUCCCGGCCGCGCCCCCUCCUUCCUCCCCUCCCCAAGCCCUCGCUGCCAGUCCGGACAGGCUGCGCGGAGGGGAGGGCUGCGAGGCUGAAGAGCCGGACGCCUGGCGUUCCAGGGGCGGCCGGAUGUGGCCUGCCUUUGUAGAGGGCGCGCUCCGGCCACGCAAAGCGGACUGUGGAUCUGCCACCUGCAAGCAGCUCGGCCAUGUGGCCCCCGAACCGUCGUCAGCUCUGCCUGGCCUUCCUGCUAGUCUGUGUCCUCUCUGCGCUCUCCUUCUUCCUCCAUAUCCACCAAGAUAGCUUUCCACAUGGCCUAGGCCUGUCGAUCCUGUGUCCAGAUCGCCGCCUGGUGACACCCCCGGUGGCCAUCUUCUGCCUGCCAGGUACCCCGGUGGGCCCCAACACCUCCUCUUCCUGUCCCCAGAACUCUGCCUCCCUCUCCGGCACCUGGACUAUCUAUCCCGAUGGUCGCUUUGGUAAUCAGAUGGGACAGUACGCCACGCUGCUGGCUCUGGCCCAGCUCAAUGGCCGCCGGGCCUUCAUCCUGCCUGCCAUGCAUGCCGCCCUGGCGCCGGUAUUCCGCAUCACCCUGCCCGUGCUGGCCCCAGAAGUGGACAGCCGCACACCGUGGCGGGAGCUGCAGCUUCACGACUGGAUGUCGGAGGAGUAUGCGGGCUUGAGGGAUCCUUUCCUGAAGCUCUCUGGCUUCCCCUGCUCUUGGACGUUCUUCCACCAUCUCCGGGAACAGAUCCGCAGGGAGUUCACCCUGCACGACCACCUUCGGGAAGAGGCGCAGAGUGUGCUGGGUCAGCUCCGCCUGGGCCGCACGGGGGACCGCCCGCGCACCUUUGUGGGCGUCCACGUGCGCCGUGGGGACUAUCUGCAGGUUAUGCCUCAGCGCUGGAAGGGUGUGGUGGGCGACAGCGCCUACCUCCGGCAGGCCAUGGACUGGUUCCGGGCACGGCACGAAGCCCCCGUUUUUGUGGUUACCAGCAACGGCAUGGAGUGGUGUAAGGAAAACAUCGACACCUCCCAGGGCGACGUGACGUUUGCUGGCGAUGGACAGGAGGCUACACCGUGGAAAGACUUUGCCCUGCUCACACAGUGCAACCACACCAUUAUGACCAUUGGCACCUUCGGCUUCUGGGCUGCCUACCUGGCUGGCGGAGACACUGUCUACCUGGCCAACUUCACCCUGCCAGACUCUGAGUUCCUGAAGAUCUUUAAGCCAGAGGCUGCCUUCCUGCCUGAGUGGGUGGGCAUUAAUGCAGACUUGUCUCCACUCUGGACAUUGGCUGAGCCUUGAGAGCCGGGGAGAUUUUCUGAAAUAGCCUGAUCUUUCUAGAGCCAGCAGUACAUGGCUCUAGGCCUGGCAUCUUCUGGAGAAGUCUGUGGUGUUCCUGAAGCAAAUGGGUGCCCGUUUCCAGAGCGAUUCUAGUUGGGAGAGUUGGAGAGAAGGGGGACCUUUCUGGAACUGUCCGAACAUUCUAGAACUAGCAAAACAUCUUUUCCUGAUGGCUGGCAGGCAGUUCUAGAAGCCACAGUGACCAACUGCUCUUCCCAGCCCAUAUCUACAGUACUUCCAGAUGACUGCCCCCAGGAAUAGGGAACUCUCCCUCUGGUCUAUUCUAGAAGAGGGGUUACUUCUCCCUUGGGUCCUCCAAAGACUGAAGGAAAAUAUGAUUGGUCCAGAGCAAACAUUCACCAAGUCCCCUUCUGUGUUUCUGGGGUGAUUCUAGAGGGAGACUUCUUCUAGAGAGGGCCAGAUUUGAUGCCUAUAAAGAACCCUGCAGGGCCCUUCGAGACAGGAUGGGGUUCUGGAAAUCCAGAUAACUAAGGUGAAUAAUCUUUUUAGUUUUUGUUUACUCGCCCUGUUGCCCAGGCUGGAGUGGCCUCGCCCUGUUGGGUCUCGC